GUCUUCUUGGUAGAAAUCGUUGGGUCAUCACUCUCCAGUCGAUAAUGUUUCUCCAAGCAGUUUGACGGUUUCGUCGAUGAUGGCGUCACAAUAUAUAUCGAAUAAAAAUUGCUCGUUUUAAGAAGAAAUUUCAAAUCAUUGGUAUUAUACCUUGUGGUUCUAUAGCGAACAGAAAUAUCUCGUGUAAUUCGAAGAAAGCAAAUGUCAACGGUAAAUGCGUAAACAGAAGAGUAAUACUAGAACCUAUUUGAAGAUUUAGGUUAUCCAAUUUUUACAUGUUCUCACUUUUAUCGUAUAGAACCACUCACGCAUUACGUAUAAUCCGAAAUGUUCAAUUGCGCGUUAAAUCACCGUGAAGUUCAGUACCAAAGUUUAAAUCGUUUUACAAAGAAAGUUCACCAAGAAAUCAUGAAUAUUACUGCUGCCUUAGAUUGGACGGUAGAAAGUAUAGAAAUUGACAAUGAUAAUCGUCUGAUAUGCCCAUACGAUUCGUCGCACCGUAUCGGAAAGGAAAUAUUAGAUCAACAUUUAGAGCACUGUCAGUGGAAAGAAGACGGUUAUAACGAAUUUCAUAUACCACUAUCUGAACCGAGUUUACAUUCAUCUUCUCCUUUUUCCAUAAAAUUAGAUGCAUCUUUACAGUGGAAUAUUAUAAAAGAAGCAAAACAAAUGGAUCCUACCAUAACUGUCGGUUUGGGUGAACGGUUAGUUCCACGAACAUCCGAUAGAAUCUUCACAGAUUUCACUCGUGACGAAAGAAAAGUAUUAUACGAAUAUGUUAUAUCUCAUACGGUCAAAAUGGAUGUUGGACACGAUUUCACAGAUCCCAAUGCACUAAAUUACCAAGACAAGAAUGACAAAAAGUUAUCAUUCUUGGAUUUGCUUGUGCAAGAACGAAAUCUGAAAAGACGUAGGGCAAAACACAAGGGAGUUCAUACAAAUAAGAAGUCAUAUACGGAAAUUCUUAAAGAAAUCAUAGAUCAACAGAUGGAGUUUUAUAUCGAUCACAUAACGGAUGUACGUAAAAUUCAUUGCGACACGAAAACUGUGGAUCGUGUAAACGUUCAGAGUUCGAACAAACAUCAUGGUGAUACUGUACGAGAAGUUCCAUCGAUCUCAUUUACCGAUUUUCCAUCGAGCUGCGGUGAUCUCUUUCUUAAAGAUCCUCAAUCUUAUCACGAAAGUAUGAAUUUUCAUCGCAACAGUAGCGGAACAGCACACUCGGAACAUUUAUUAAAAGAUCAAAGUAAACGAGAAAAAUAUUCACGGGCUGUUACAGAAUUACGAAAAUCGCAAAAACAACGAAAGCACAAACGAUCUCGUUCCAAAGAACGGUAUUAUACCAAUAAAGGGAAGAAGCAAUCUACUCGGAAAACUUGCGUAAAAGACGUCGCACAAUGUAAUGAAGCUGAACAAUUGAAUAAUGCCGGUUUUCUUUGAAGAACGUUUUUAUCGUUAAUAGAAGAGAAAGAAGAAUUAUUGAUGCGUAAUACUAUUAGUUUUGUUUAUUCAUUCUAAAGAAUUACUUGUAGAAAUAUGAUUACAAUGUGCAUACUUAUUUUGUUAAUUUGUUUUUUCUUAAUCAAGUACCCU